AUGUCGACUAGACAAUUGACAGUUUUAAUAGUAGUAGUAUUUUUAUUUUGCAUGAUUGUUAAUUCACAUCAUGUUCAUGCAACUGUAUCUCCGCAUAAUACUAUUAAAUGUUCAUUGAAUGCAAAUCCAUUAUCAACUACAACUAACAUUUCAAUUCCAGAAUUUCUAGCAACAAAUCUUCCAUUUCCAUUUUAUGAUAAUUCUUUAUUUAGUUAUGAUUUAAUGAUUGAAAGUUUAAAGAGAGUUAAUAUUACACAUAUUAGAAUACCAAUUCAUUGGGCAUUACUUGAACCUAUUCGAAAUCAAUUAUAUGAUGUUUAUUUAGCUAGAGUUGAUUUGGCAAUGGACAAAUUAUCUAAAAAUGGAAUUAAGAGUUUAUUCUUUUUCAGUGGAAGUGCACCAUGGAUUAGUUCAGAUCCAACAACUAGUAAAUCAGAUACUUAUCCACCAACUAGUAUAACACCAUAUACAGAUAGACUUGUUUGGUUAAUUGAAAGAUAUGCAAAGAAAGGAUUAGAAAUUGUUCAAAUUUGGAAUGAAGUUAAUUUACCUGCCUUUUGGAUGCCAAUGGAAAAUCCUCAAAAUUAUACAAAUUUACUUAGAGAAUCCUAUGAUAGAGUUCAAACAUUCAUUUCCAAUACAUCAAAUCCUGAAUAUUCCUCAAUGAAAAAUGUGAAAAUUUCAAUGGCAGGCAUGGCUUAUUUUAGUGAAAUGCCAUAUCAUUCACAAACACCAAUGUUUUAUGCAUUGGAACCUUUGGGAGCAUAUGAUAAAUGUGAUAUUGUUGCAUAUCAUCCUUAUUAUGCAACACCUGAAGGAAGUGUUUCAUCAGAUGUUUAUGAUUUUGAAACAAAAGCAAAGGAAAUUGCAUAUCCUUUAUUAGCCAAGUAUGGUAAAAGAAUAUUUGCAACAGAAUGGGGUUGGUCAACUUAUACAACUGAUUUCUCUGAACAACCAUUCAUUUCAGAAAAAGUUCAAGCUGAUUACAUUCUCAGACGUUUGACAAUUUUAAUGCAUUUAUGUUUUGAUAGAGUUUAUCAAUUUGCAAUGUUUGAUUUUCCAACUAGUAUUGGAGCUUCUCAAAGAGAUACCUAUUAUGGAAUGUUGAGAAAUAAUAUUACAAUUGAUUCAUCUAAAUCAAAUUGGGAAAAUAUUCAACAAAUGGCUAAACCUUCCUAUUUUGCUUUAUUGAAUUAUUUACAAUUUAUUGGAGAAAGAAAGCAAUUAUAUGGAGUUUCAAAUGUUUUCACUCCAACAAAUGAUCCAGGAAAUAUGCAUUCAGUAACUGUUCAUAAUGGAGAAGGAUCUUUGCUGUGGUUUUAUUGGGGAAAUCAAAUUUCUAAUGGAAUUAAAUUGAACUCACAACCAAUUAAGGAUAUGAUCAAAUUAACAGGAUAUAACAUUACUAGUUUCAUUGUCUAUGAUCCACUUUCUAAUAUUAUUAUUAAUAAUACUCUUCCUAAAGAUUUGGAAAAUAUUACCAUAGAUGUACAAACUAAUUUGAGAAUUGUUAAAUUUACAUUUUCAAAAGAAUCAACUCAACCAGAGAAUUCACUUGGUAAUAAUAAUGGUACAAAUUCAAUAACACCAAAGAAUAGUUCUAAAAUUGCAACGAACAGUACAAGAAUUUCAAGUGGAAAUCAAUUUAAUGGAAAGUUUAUAGUUUUAUUUUCAAUGAUGGUGAUGAUGGUAUUGAUUGUUAUUAUUAAUUAA